AUGAGCGCCGAAACAGCUCGUCUUCUCGGAGUGACGACGGAUGCUCUGUCACCCCCACCCAGCAUCCAGAUCUCUGCUGCCAAUGGCCAACCAAUGUGCUGCAUCGGCACUUUCGACACCUUCAUCAGUCUUCAAGACAAAACGUCCCGGGACACCGUGUACGUCUUUCCCGAGUCCCGUGGGAUGCUCUUGGCCUGGUAUACCGCUAAGGCACUGGGUAUUCUUCCUGCCCACUACCCUGAGCCGGCGAAGCAGCCGUCUGGCGUUCACAGAGUCGCAGCAUCUCCAACAGAUGGAGCAAACAGUUCGCCAUCGGCAACUUCGAAGUCCAAGAACAUGCUGCGCAGUACACUGCGGCAAGAGUUGAUCCAGGAGUACCGCGAUGUCUUCACGGAUGACAGCGAGGGCUCACUCCAACCGAUGGCUGGUGAACCCAUGGUCAUCCAUGUCACAGAGGAUGCAGAGCCGUUUGCGGUCCGCUCAGCUCGCCCAGUCCCCUUCGCCUGGAGGGACGAGGUCAAAGCACAGCUGGACCAAAUGGUCCUACACGGCAUCAUCGCACCACUCGGUGCAGAGCCUGCUGACUGGUGUCAUCCCCUCGUACUGGUUGCAAAGGCAUCUGGUGUUCGCAUCUGCAUCGACCUGACCAAGUUGAACAAGUUCGUCAAGCGGCCACUCCAUCCACUCGUCACGCCUCGAGAAGCCGUCUCACAAGUGCCCACUGAAGCGAAGUUCUUCUCGAUUCUAGAUGCGAAGUCUGGCUACUGGCAACUACCACUGCACCCGGACAGUCAGCACCUGACCACCUUCAUGACUCCCUGGGGUCGCUUCAAGUUCCUCCGAGCUCCCAUGGGUCUUAUCUCGACUGGGGACGAGUACUGCCGGCGAGGGGACCUCGCUCUCCAAGGUCUCGACAACUUCGUCAAGGUAGUCGAUGACAUCAUGAUAUACAGCAAGACGUUGGAAGAACAUGAGCACCAUCUUCGAGCUCUUCUCGACCGUUGUCGUGCACUUCAAGUGACCUGGUGA